GCACUCUGCCGCCGCAAUUCCUAGGUGGAGGAUGAACGACGACGACACCGAAAUGGAGUGGUUAAAGUUAGAAAGAAAAGAAGGCGAAGUUGUGUUGGAAGUCGAAUGUGGACAAAAACAUGCUGUUAUGUACGUCGACAGGCUAUGCCAAGGUAGUAAGGGAAAGUGUAUAUACUAUGACGGUUGUUGGCUAACGCCUAACGAACUGCAACGCGUUAGCGGACGGCAAACCGCAAAGGAUUGGAAACGGUCGAUACGUCACCGCGGUAAAUCGUUAAAGCUUCUAGUCGCCAGAGGAGUUCUUCGGGUUCAUGACGCUACUUGCCGAUGCCGAGUUUGUGCUCCCCAAAGUCAGCGCCGAAAGAGAAGCGUUUCUGAUGACGAAGAGGACGAGGUCGUCUACAUCAAAGUUGCCAAAGUCGAUAAACCGCCACCACCACCACCACCACCACCACCACCACCGCCACAGCCAGUCGAUCGAUCCGACGAUAAAACACCGACGAGUGAAAAACAUCCGAAACCGGUAGAGGGCGCGGGUCGAAAAAAAUCCGACCUGGAAAGCGUUGUUCAGAAACUACAAAAGGAUAUCGAACAGAAAGUUGUAGAAGCGGAGGCGGUGGAGGCUAGAGAGACAGAAGAAACCGAACCGGAACCAACAAAUGACGAAGGGGAUAGUUGUAUUAGAACCGACUUAUCAAGGCUAGAGCAAUUUAUCAAUAAGCGGAAGAGAACGCCGGUGAAGGCGUCGCCCGUUUCCGAGGCGUCUUCAAAGUCGGACGACCGUCCGGUUUACGAUUACAACGCCCUCUACAAAGGUGUCGGUCAAUGGCCUCGCUACACUAUGGAAUACGAAUAUGCCGCCUCACUCUUCCACCAUUACCAGCACUUACCUUCCACUUCCUUCCUUUCGCCCUUGACGUUCUGGUCACAGCCAUACAGUACUACGGCUUCAGAUAAUUUAAUGGCGGCAGCUGCAAAUUUUUAUUCUCGUUUGCAGAAUAAAUCAACAAUUUAACUUUAAAAUUUUAAACAAAAAACAGAAAAAAGGGGGAUGUAAGAAGUAAAUCAAGACUCUCCAAAAUAAAGUCUACUGAUGAGAAGUUACCAACUGGAAAAAGAUGGUUAAAGCGAGAGUGUGAAAAAAGGGUGUAAAGAGAAAGAAAGCAGAAAGGGUGGUGGGAGGAGAUGGGGUGUGGGGAAGGGCGAGGAGGAAAGAGAAGGAAUGGGUAGGGAGGAAUGGUGCAGGGAAUAUAUGAAGAGAAACGCUUUUCUGAUUGUAUUAUAUGACAAGACUGUUAAUUUUAAAUAAUCAAACAAUUGCACAUGCACACUUUUUUGUAUAUAAAGUAUAUAUAAUUACAUACGUUACAUAUAUACGUACAAAAUCGGUAUACAGUAUUUUACAAUAUAUGCUGUACAUAUAUAUAUAUCUAUAUAUAUAUAUAUGUAUUUAUAUUUAUAUAUACAUACAUAUGUUGUAUCUUUCCUAAAUUAUAUUGAAUGCUUCAUAAUUUUAGUAUAAAUUAUUAUAAUACAUUACUAUACCUAUGUGUAUUCUCAUUCGAGCCAACUAUAAAAUAUUUUAUAUUUACAUAUGUUUUACAUUUAUAGCAUCAUUAAAUGUGCUCUGAAGCGUCUUAUUCAUAAUACAUGCAUGUGUCAUUUAUAUAGCUUUACUCUAAAUGGUAGAAUUUCAUAAUCGUUCUGAUAACGAAUACAUAAUUUAUAAUCGAUGUACUGCGCUGUUCCUAUUUUCACCCUGUCAUUAGAAGCUGUUAGUUUGACGUCUUUCUGUGAGGCGGAGGAGGAUAUUCAACGCUGUUAUUUAUAGUCCGUAUAUUAGAUUUCUAGUGCUGUCCCCUCUCGCCUAAUUUUACUCUUUUUCUCUUUAAACGUUGCCAUCUAUCGGGAGUAUCACCCAUGCUUUAUUUCAGGCCUUCCUUAGUUCUUUUAUUUUCCCAUUUCAAUUUUACAUUAUUUGGCAAAUAGAAUAGUACUUUUAAUGGUUUGCUUCUAUCUAUUAGGAGGUCAUUU